AUGAUGAUAUUAAGUUAUCCAAUUGCUUUAGUGCUAUCUGUUUUAUGUCGCUUCGCCGUUGGUGAGGUUGACGCAAGCUUUACGCCGAGGCCAGUUUGGGAGAACAUAGAUUAUGCCCGGAAGGUUAAUUUAGUGAAGUCUUAUCCUCACGAGGCGGUACAUUUGACGAUAAAGAAUACUGGAUCCCAGCCGGAGAGCAUUUACUAUUUUGGAAUUCGCGACGAUGUAUAUGAGAAGCUGUCCAUGUUUGCAGCUUUCUUCAAGGACAUGAAAGUAUAUGUGGACAAUGUGCCGCUACCUAAAAGCUCAGAAAUUGAUGGCCAACCUGUGAGGUACAUUAUGAUUAAACUACCUGCUCCAGUAGAGCCCGGCGAAAAGGUGCAGCUAGAGGUUGAUUACGCGCACAACGCAGGUCGGGUGCCCUUGCAAGAACGUAUCACGCUUGGAUCAGGCCAUUAUAUGCGCUUAACUACGAACAAGCUGCCUUUCACAUCUUAUCCGACCGCGAAAUACUCUUUGGAGUUCAUAGGUGCGAGAGAGUUAAGAGAGCUUGGUGCAACAAGUUCAACGCCGGCUGGUGACGAGGAAAAGCAGUCCUUAAAAUUAUCACCAUCUCUUAACACUGCCGAUACCGCUUCAGCAAACGUUACUGUAACAUAUCGGAGAGACUUGCCAUUCCCCCGCGUCGUGAACUUGCGUAGGGAUAUCUGGGUAUCGCAUUGGGCUGGUACGCUUCAAUUUGAAGAAUACUAUGAGCUAACUAAUGAUGCUGCAAAAUUGAAAGGAGGUUUCUCGAGAGCAGAGUUUAUUAAAGGACGGCAUGCUUUAAAAACUGGUCCUUAUUUAGUGGGGUUUGAGAUGUAUCUACCUACGGGUGCCACAGAGCAUUACUAUACUGAUUUGGUUGGAAUGGUGUCCACUCAUAAAGUGGUGGAUGACCGGUUUUUCUUAAAACCUCGGUUUCCAAUCUUUGGUGGCUGGUUCUACAACUUUACUGUCGGUUGGACUAAUGAAUUGUCGCAAUUCUUACACAGCGAUGCUUCAAAUGAGGAGCAUGUGCUCCGUGUACCUAUUCUAAAUGGGCCACCAGAUAGUUUUUAUGACAAUGUUGAAUUAUCCGUAUACCUCCCAGAAGGCGCCCAAGUCUUGGAUGUGCAGUUACCACUGGCUUUACAAGAGAAGGGUGUCACCACUGAGUAUUCCUACUUCGACCUAACAAGUGGCCAUGUAAAGAUGACAGUCAAGUGCAAGAACAUAAUUGACACAGUACAGAAGGGAACUAUGUUCGUGAAGUAUAGGUAUUCCAAGCAAUUGAUGUACUGGAAACCUGUUCCUAUUGCAUUGUACGUCUUUGUAUUCCUGGUAUCUUACUUCCUAUUAAAACGGGUGGAUUUUAGUAUCGGUAAGUAA